GCUCUAUAUCGUCGAUAUAUUGCAUAGAAAGCACGUUGGAAUCCAAGAAUCGUAACCAUAGAAGUACGUAUUGUUGGAUCGUUAGAUGUAUCAUAACAUAUAGUCUGGAUAAUUCUGCGAAUAGAGAUCGUAAAAUCGUCUAAGAAGUCUAAUGCCUGUUUCUACUAAUAAGUGAGCAUCAGAGAGAGAAAGGAUCAUGAGCGAGCAAGAAGACAUCGCGAUUUCAAUAAUUCGAAUGGAUAAACUUUUGACGAGCGUUACUAACAGGAUAAAGAAAUCGAUUGAAAAAUGUGGAGUCGAUGAUUCGCCAUUGCUUCAAGAGAUCAUCGAUCUCAUCGAGCUGUUAAAAAAAUUCGUUAUAUCCCGCAUGAAGAGAACUCCCGAUAUAGAAUCCAUGCACGAUAUCAAUUUGCAUAAUUGCCGGACAAAAAUAGCGGAAGUCUUGGAGGAACUCGAAGCUUUGCAGGAGAUGUCUGAAGAACAAAACUCGAGCUCUGAAAUUUUUCUGAGAGAUAUUGUUACCUGCGUCAAUGACGAGGAAGAAAUAAUGCGAAGCAUCAAGGAAACGUCAGAAGUAGAGAUACCAAAAGAAAUAGAGGAAUCAAUGCGGGAAAUGAUGAAUAUAAGGGAACGAGAGGAAACACGAAGGAAAAUACUACAGUCUGAAAUAGAUUCAGCAGAGCGUAGAUUGCACAACAUUACAGAAUUCAAUGCAACAUCUGAGAAAAAGCUUUUUGAUAUAUGUACGAACAUUGAACAACAAUAUAUUGAGCUUCUUGCUAAAUACGAUUGCGACAUCGGCGCGUCUCAUACGUUAACAGAAGAACUAUCAAAAAACAAUGAAAUUAUUAAAGGAAAAAUUAAAGAAAUGGAGGAUCAGCUGGCUGUGCAACGGGAACUGUAUGUUCAAUUCAAGAAGGAACGAGAAAUCGCGCUAAUGAUAGCUUUCACUAAACGACUGGAUUUGCUUAGGCGCAACCGAGCCGCUAAGAUUAUCCAAAGAGCAUGGAAAGCGUACUUUGAGCGUAUUUCUUUAAAGAAACGACGAAAAAUGAAGAGAAAAUAGACAAAAAUAAGACAAUU